GUCACAAUGGGUUGUAAUGAGCAGAUGUUGACCUGCUAUACAUUAUUCUUUUCACCAUUUCAAACCGUUACAAUGUGAUGAUAAUGGCAGCUUGUUCGGCGGUGACCCUGAGCCAAGCAAGCUAGGACAGGACGAUAAUCCGCUUCUUACUUUAAGCGAAAAAAAACAUAUGGAAAGUUCGCAUUAUAUGUGCCAGGCCUGGAUACGAUUUAUGACGGCUCCGUUUUAGCAUUUCUGGUUGAGCACUGAGGGAAGCACGUAUAUAUAUAUAUAUAUAGACGACCAGCUGAUCAAGUUCAUUGGUUGGAUAUCGAACAACCUGUCGAGGAGACGGUAUCGCCGGAGGAGGAGGCACCGAAAAUUGAGACUCUUUUGGCCAACCACCGCGGCUUAACCGAAAGUUCAUGCAUGAAAAUGUCUGCUCUGAGCCCUGAUGACGAUGUCCCUCCCAUCUGGGAUACAGACGAGAACUUUAUGUUAAACGACAGCAUCCACAGCAGUGAUAACCAAGCGCCCCCUGGUGACGACGAGUUUCUUCUUGAUGAUGGAGACGACAGAUCAACAACAUUUUUGUAUGGCGUCAGCACGAGGCAGAGAGUAGAAUCGCCAAAGAAACAUUUCUUCUUCAUUCGAUGGAUAUGCAAGCGACCAAAGACAAUGUUUUUUCUCGCCCUGAUGGGCCAUGUCGCCUUUGUGGCCAUCACUGCGGUGCUUUACUUCACUGGCUACAACAUCCUCCCCCUAAUCCUAGAUGACAUGCCAGCCUUCAAUAUGCAUGAUACUAUGUACAGACGUGAAUUGGCUUGGUUAGAAAAGGACCAAAACUACUCAGUUUUCCUGUUUGAUGCUCAAUACCCAACCAAACGCAGACGACUUCUAUCAGAGCACGUGCCGGAAGCUGACAUAGCACACUCACGCACGCGCAGAUGGGCGAAGAACGUCUAUCAAGAGCGGCUGCAUCUUCUUUACGAAUCAAUGAAUGUUGAUGAGAAUGUUUUCGAUCCGGAAAGACUCGGAGCCAUUCGGAAAUUUGAAACUCAACUGGAAAAUGGCUUCGAAGAGGGAAAAGAAUACGCAACGCCUGCUCAUUGGUUCUGCGGGCAUGACUCUGUGGUGGGCAUUUAUGAAAAUAAUCUCAGUAAAAUCCGUGACAAAUAUUUAAAAGAUGAAUCAGUAAUCUGGUCACAUAUAGGAAACGAUGGGGUUAUAGAUAAAGCGACGGGAAAGGCAAAGUCUAAAUUGACUCGGUCUAUCUUUACCAUGUGUUACGUUAACACGUUUCACAACAUUACUGUUUGGACGUUGGAUGUAGUAAUUCCAGAAGUACUCAGGUUGGAGCAAGAUAUUCUCAAACCUGCCGGGGUGCGGCUCUACUAUUGGAGUUACCGGGCCUACUCAGAACAAAUCUACCGAGUAGCGAUGCAUGACGUAUUUUUCUUCAUCGGAAGUAUCUCCUUCAUUUUCAUCUUCAUGUGGGUUCAAACGUCAUCAUUGUGGAUAACAUUCUUUGGUACCAUAAGCAUUUUAACCAGUUUCAUCGGCGCAAAUCUCAUUUAUAACUGCAUCGUAGGAUAUCAAUACCUUAGUUUAUUCAAUCUCAUGGCGCUGUUUGUCGUCCUCGGAAUCGGUGCAGACGAUAUAUUUGUUUUUGUUGAUUGUUGGAAGUCACUGCGUGACAUCACAAGCAUGGAAGAGCGGAUGUCAAAGUGUUUCCGUCGGGCAGGCGUGGCCAUGUUUACAACAUCGCUGACAACCAUGGUCGCCUUCUUUGUCAGCUCCUUCUCACAACUUCUUCCAAUCUCCGCCUUUGGGUCAUUCGCGGGGCUGACCGUAUUCGUAAACUACAUAUCCGUAAUCGUAUUCUUCCCGACUGUCGUAUCCGUCCAUCACCACCAUUUUGAAAACAUUUGCUCCAAAGAUAACGACCAAUACUCUUCCGCAACCAGAGGUAGGAUCUUCGACCGGGUAUCCAAAUUCUUCGGCGGGGCAUUCUUCGACACGGUCACCCACCGGAUUACAAAGUGGAUCAGCCUCUCCGCAUUCGGCCUCCUCGCAACAGGAAUGAUCAUCUCCUGUACCGAUUCCAGGUUGGACCAAAACUUAUUCUUGAAGGCAUUUAAGGGCAACAACAUGUUCGAGACAGCCCUGUUGAUGACAGCUUUUGACUUCAAACUUGGUGUAAAUGAUAAGAUGGUGUUGGUUUACAUGGUUUGGGGGUUGGAGCCUCGGAACAUGGAUCAAUGUGACAGAUUGAAGUACGUUAGAUGGAAUCCGUGCCAAGGACUUCCAGCCAAAGAUAUUCAUUUCUCACUCGAAUCAGCAGAAAAUCAAUUAGCGAUGUUGAAUCUAUGCAACAACAUCACUCACCUCCAGGGGCCGUCUCGUGAUGAUCUCAAGCUCGACCGUGACAAGAAUGGAAAUAGGGUCGUCUGCUUUAUGCAAUAUUUUGAUACAUAUCUCAGGACCAACCUAUCCAAGCAAUUGGGUCAAGAAAUCCGUCUUCCAUUGACAAAGGAGAAGUUGAAGCCAAUCGUUCCGCUACUGAGGUAUGCUGGCCUGGACCUUGACUUGGACAAGGUGACCAAUCCAUUCCAGACGUUCCUUGCCAUCUGGGUUGAACAGUUUGUGCCUGACCUCAAGAAGGUGCUCGGAUUUCAAAAGUCGGAACACUCAGUGAUUGUUGGAAAAUACAAAGAUAAGGUUUUAUACGACCAAACCUUGAAGUAUGCCGCGGUAGUUGCUCCACUAGCUGUCAAAGAUAUCCGGCUGACUGUAGAUGAUGGUGUGAUUCUGAUGAAUUACUGGGAGGACUUCAUGACCGACCAGGUGUCCCAUCUUCCCGUAGGGCUCAAGGGCGGGUGGCAGUUUGCGACCAACUGGUUUCUCUGCAGGCAGAAAGUGAAUUUGAUGCACCGGGCUCUGUGGGGUAUCGCCAUCUCUCUGGGCCUGGCCUUUUUCGUUCUUCUGCUCACCACUAGGAAUGUCAUUCUCGCGAUACUCGCCGAGAUCACGCUCUCACUGGCUGUCGUCUGCGUCAUUGGAGUUUUGCCUUUGGCUGGUUGGAAAUUUGGAGUUAUGGAAAGCAUCAAUGUGUGUUUCGUGGCCGGAUUAGCCGUCGACUACAUCGUCCACAUGGUCGAGGCCUACAACAUGUCCGAGUUCAAGACGCGACAAGAUCGAACCAGAGACGCACUCAAACGUAUCGGCAUCUCCGUCCUCUCGGGGGCUGUGACAACCUUAGGCGCAUCUUGUUUCAUGUUUUUCUCGAAGAUUUUAUUCUUUAUGCAGUUUGGGACUUUUAUUUUUUGCACUGUUGGGUUUUCUUUAGUGUUUGCUUUGAUUUUCUUCCCGGUUUUGUUGAGUAUCUGCGGGCCGUCCGGAGAUACAGGAUCCGCAAAAUGGUUUUAUUUGAUGGUCAAGAGAAGGCUGUGUGACAGAAGGACUUGAUUUAAAGUUGGAUAGGUUGAGUACUUUAGCUCCUUAUAAAUGUGUGACCGAAUAAGUUGAGUUAGUUUUUAGUACGCAGUGGUGAAAAGUUUACAAAUAGGCCGUCCUUCUGGAGAUUGAGUCGUAUUUGGACGUUGCAAUCGGGACAUUUUACGUUCGCCUUUCCGAUUGCUGCUCUGGAAGCUUUCACUGGAAGUGCACUCUCUGCUGGUGGCUCAAUAGGGACUGGCAUUAACUUCCGGUCUACCUCCGGAGUAAUGGCUGAAUUGAAUGUCAACAAGAGUGAACACUAUGCCGAUAUCACGAGAGCGUAUUUGAACCGUCAGGUUGAUGUAAUAUAAGAGUUAGGUUAGUUUGGUAUGGACUUGAAACACUAAAAAAUCACUAAAACACGUUAUCAAUGGUGAAUUAAAAAUAGUGGUGUUAGUUAGGAAAUUUAUCGAUCGAUGCUCGAUAUAAAAGAUCUAUUCAUCUGAAUAAUUUCGUGCCGACUUGCUGGCGGGUGUACAUUUAAAUCUUCUCCGAUGGAUAGACGACGGACGUCGCCGGUAGACUGGCAUAAAUUAUAUGGAAGAGUUCAACAGCUUUCUUUGCAUAUAACUACAGGAAGAAGUCAGGGAUCUCAAUGAAUACAUUUACGUUAGUGUCAAAUUCUUAUCAAUACAUUUUUACUUUUCUAAUUGGCCCUCUGAUAGUAUAUACUUGUACGUAAUUAUAUAGUACCUUAUCUUAAUAAGAAUUCCGUCCUCUAUUUGUACUUUCCUAUGAUCACUUCGUGAUUGCAAAAUCAUCAAAAACGUUAGACUAGGUUCAUCAAAGAAUCUGUGAUUACAUGUAUUCUCUGUAAACAUGGUAGCACUCUUAGCAUAAUGUCCAUUCCUUUUUUAGCGAAUUCUGCUGCGAGAUUCUAAGUGCUGGUAUAAUAUUUGUAACUGCCAGAAAGUAAUGACUCGUUGUUGUAACUUAUAAUGAUAUGAUGACGAAUGGAGAGGAGAGAUGUUAUUUCACAUGUGUUCCUGUUUUAGUGGGACGUAACAUUUUCUGCCGAUGCCUCAGGAAUCUGAGGAGGCGUCCGCGUUUUUAUACUCAGAAUUGUUCACCUAUAUUUGGAGUGCGAUCGUCUGUUAGCAUCAUGACAUCCUGACACGUUUGUUUAGCUGAAUGUACAUUGUAGUUGAUUAUAUAACAUUGGUGUACAUUUGAAUGAUUUCAAAGAUGUUGUAACCUCACCUCACUGAAAUCAUAUUGUUUGUACAUGCACCAAAUGUAUAGUAGUUAAUUUAUUUUGAAUACAAAGUUCAAUA